AUGCCCCCGGAGUUUCACGUCGCUUUGCGCAACAAGGACGUGGACGCCGCGGCCUCCAUCUGGUCUCGUGUUGCAGAACAAGCGCUUUUGCACCUUCAUGCUCAGCAAGUUGGCUCCUCCUUGCGCUUGGGGCAGCCUCGCGGUAAGAUUCAAUUCGAUUCAACGCGUGAGCUUCCGAGGUCUCAGCGCGAACAUGCCGACUGUCUUCAACUUCGGCGACUUGGUCGAGCGUUUCGGCAAGCUUCUGAGGUUUGCAAGUGUGGGCCUGGCACUCGGGCUGACCGCACGUGGCGGAAUUUGCAAUCUAUUCUGCCAGUCUGCCCUUCUCAGUGGCAAAGCGAGCUGAUGACGCUUUUGCAGGAUCGGCCUUGUCAUGACGUGGCGAGGAAAGUGAUGCAUCUCCUUCAGGCCGCUAUGCAGUUUUUGCAAGCUGAAAGGCAGAGUUUUCGUCUGAAGCUUUGGAAGCAAACCAUGCGUAGUUGUCAAAGCAAGGCUUCGUCCUGGAGAAAGACACAUGAGCUUCAGGUGAACAACCCACAUCUCAGUGAACACCGGCACUACUCUGCUGUUGUCAUGAAGGUCGGUGGCUCCUACACCAUUGACCCCACCAGGCAGCUUCAGGCACUCACUGCCGCAUGGGACAAGAUUUUUGGCAAGCAUCGGCACAGUUGCCCUAGCACUUGGCAGUUUUUGCAGCAUUAUGGGCCUUACAUUCGCAAGGAAAGCUUCGACCUGCAGCCUCUUACAAAGGACACUCUUUUAACCACGCUUCGGAACACUAAGAACAGCAGUGCUGGGCUAGACGGUUGGCAGCCUCAGGACUUGCGGCUGUUGGGCCAGGCAUGUCCGGAUCUCUUUUCCUUUUUGGCUCAGUUGAUGCAAGUUUGCGAACAGCAGGCCACGUGGCCUUCUACUUGGACCACGGGCUACGUUUCCAUGCUUGCAAAGGAAGUCAAUUCACAAGGACAGAUUGAAGAUGUUUACAACUUUCGUCCAAUCACUGUUCUCAGUGCACUUUAUCGUUUGUGGAGCCGGGCGCGCUGCUUGCAAAUCAAGGAUUGGAUCACCAAAGUUCUUCCCGACGAGAUAUAUGCUUUACGUGCCGGACAGGGCGCCGAUGACAUGGCGGUCAACGUUUCGGCGCUCCUCGAAGAAGCUGAUCUCAUGGGAGAGUGGUCUGGUGGUCUCAGUUAUGAUUUUGCUAAGUGCUACGACCACAUUAUUCCGAGCAUGGCAAUCGACGUGUUUCUUUACAGAGGUGCUCCACUGUCUGUGAUUCAAGGCCUGCGAGGUUUCUACAAAGCCCACUGCAAGCACUUCAAACUGGGCACAGCUUUUGGCACCGCCUACCAGCCGGCCAAUGGCAUUGUCCAGGGCGACCCUCUCAGUAACUUCCUUCUCGCCAGCCUGGUGGCCUGUUGGUUGGAGCGGUUGACGCAGGGUCGCUUUACCCAGGUUCGCAGGCCAGCUCGCGUGGCUCCUCGGGUCUACGUCGAUGACAUCAGUGCUACAGCAAUUGCCUCUGACCUGCAGGCUUUGCGGGCGGUUUUGCGCGACACGCACAGCACAGUGCAACAGUUUGCACACUUCAGCGGCAGCAAGCUAAAUCCUGGCAAGUGCUUUACUUACGGCGCCGCCGAAGUUUCAGGCUGUAUUUCUGAUAUACAGCACCACAAAGAUGUUUUUCGACUGGUAGGAGGAAGCAUCACUUGUGGAGCCUCCUCUUCUUGGACGCCCUUGAUGCAGAAGAGGGUUGACAGCUGGAUGGGCUCAGCGAUAGCCUGUAGCAAGCUUCCUCUUGGAUGGCAUGAUCGUCUCAAAGCACAGCAGCAGCUUCUCAGCCGUCUCACAUGGGGCCAGGGCACGCAUGAUUUGUUCAUUCCGAAGUCUCGCAUAGUUACUUUGCAGGCGACCAUGACCAGGUCUCUUCUUCGCAUUCAGUACUACAGCUUGACCCCCAUGGUUCUGUUUACUGUUGUGGUUAUGCCAACUCUGGAGCCUUUGUUCGCCAUUCAAUUUGCAGCUUUGCGAGUCUUGCAGCGGUUUUGUGCCAACAACGCGAAGCGGCGCUUUCUGAAUCUGCAUCUGCACGGAGUGACGGCCGCUCAAAAGGGUCCGCUCAGUCGUGCUCAACAACUUCACGCGGAUCCUGUUUUCCGGCCUGCAGUGCUCUUUGUUUUGCAGAAUGGUUCGGCUGACCGCUCUUGGGAACAUUCUCUUCGGGAGAGAUGGCGUCAGGCGCAGUGGAACAAGAUUGUGCAUGCUAGAGCUUGCUUCCAAGGCAUUCAGCAGGCCAAUCGUCAGCUUGCCACUGCCUUCCUGCGCGACCUUCAUUUUCAGUCGGAUGGUUACCAGAAGCUUUUGGACACAGGUGCGUCUGGACCGUGGCUUCAACAAGACCCUCGUCCACGCAGCAAGAUCAUGAUUUACAUUUUGACCGGAGGUUUGAUGACUCCUUCUCGUGAUGGCAGGCAUCGUUUUCGGCAGGAUGUAAUCUGUCAAAAGUGCGGUGUCCCGAGCGAAGUCGAACACAUCCACUGGCACUGCAAGCUCUAUGCUCAGCAACGGGCUCCUAUCCGUCGCCUUUUGCCUCGGAUCUUGAGAUGCCCUCCGUGCUUUCAGUAUGCGGCGAUCCCCACCGUCGACAUGACGUUUUCGAUCAAGGAGAUCAAGCUGAUUCACAGAGUCCUCAUCGACAUUUGGCAAAAGCACAUCCAAGAAUGGCACGAUGGAGAAGUUGAUGAUACGGGGCCCCCUGACGAUGACGAUGGUGGUUACCAGCAACGGCGCAGCGGGGUGAACUCCCCACCUGGCCCCUCUGACACUUCGAUGCCAGCUCCAGAUGCGGUUGACGGUCCUCCAAUCCCUGUUGACCGCGAGCAGCGAGGCCAUCGCAUCCGUUAUUUUGGAGGCAGUGCUUACUGUGUCAAAUGCGGUGCAACCACCUCCAGGUUGGAGCACGUCAAGCUGAAGAUCCUGAAAUCAGUUUGCCCUCACAAGGACCUUGCUCCUGAAUUUUGGGCUGACGCGCCUGGCAAAGUUCACAACAGAGCUAGACUGGAUGAGCAAGAACGAAUCUUGAACCAAAAGUACAAUGUUGCGAAGCAUGAUUUGGUUUGGAAUCGUUUGACUGGAAAGGACAAGAACAAGCCAGAGUCCUUCGGUCUCUUGUGGCCCCAGAAGGAGCCUUUGCCGGUUCCUGCAUGGGUGCAGCGCCUGGAUGCAUGUGCUGGCUCUUCGACAGAAGAGGGUCAACUUCAAGACACCUGCAGUGUCCUCAGCGACUACAGCGAAGCGUCGCAUCCUGGGCCGACGCCUCAGAUCGGUCUGGACUUUGGCCCCAACUUUGCAGCGCAGCUCCAGGCCUUCAUACAGGAAGCCGUGCAGCAGGCGUUACGUGGGUGGACAAAGGUGCAACGGAAGAAGGUUCCGCCCGAUGCCGAGGAUUUCAAGCUUCGGCAGCAAGAUUGGAGCGAUCCGCUCAUUUCAUUUUCGAGCUUGGCAAAGAAGCUUGACGACACAAAACAGGAUCAGGUGUGCAGAGGCGUUGUGCUCUGUACCCAUCAUGAAGCAAAAAUUGCGUCUUCGCUGUUUGCGGGCACCGCCAAAAAGCAUGCUUUCCUUGUCAUUGUGUUGGCCAAACAUGCUGCCAACGUUGAUGCCAAAGCCACUGGAGCUGCGCGCGAGCAAGUACCGGGGCAGGCAGGUCUGAUGUUGCGUUCGGCCGAAGCUCUAGUCUACAAGGUGCAUUCGCCAGGCCAAGCCCCGCCGCAACCCGUUGGGACGUCGGCGGAUCCUGCAAAAGAUUCGAUGCAGACAGAUGGCAAAGAGCCUCCGCCGAACGCCAAACGACAGCGGACAACGAUUCGCCAGACACCGCAGGGCCUGACUCUGCUUUCUCAACCGCGGGAUGGCGAUUGCCUCUUUCAUUCGUUCCAAGCAGGGCUUCAGUGCAGCAAAGUCUCCAUGGAGCAAUUGUUGAGGGCUGAUCGUCAAGCUUGGGUUCAGUUGGCUGAGUCGGUUAAGUCGCCUGACCCUCCUCAGAAGAUCUCGAAUCCGGAUAAGGGCAAUGGUAAGGGCCUUGAUAAGGGUAUCAAGAGGGUUGAUGCUUCUGCCGAGGUGAAACAUCCGGCCGAGGAAUUUUCGCUGGGUGUAUUGACAUCUGGCACCGCUCCUUCGCGCAAGGACGUUUUGCAUCUUUCCACACUUCUUCCCUUCGAUGCUCCUCAGCCUUCUCGGGAUUUAGGUAGUGCCGGUCAAUCGUGGACCACGGGUCUGUACACCAAAGGUGGUAUCACAGCCCUUCGAUCUAAUGUAAAAUCCUUUCCAUUUUCGUCUUCUCUGCUUUUUGCUUUCAUCAGAGCCAUCAGUCCUUCCUUCGAGUGUACUAGUGCUGCUCUCUUUGUCGACUCGCAGACGGCCCUGCACCGCGACAGCUACAAUGCGCAUCUGCCCAAUCUGUUGAUUGGGGUCAACUCCUUCUCAGGUGGCCAAAUUUGGAUCGAGGGAGAGGGAUCUCACCCAAUGACCGAUCCUUCAGGUGCCCAGCUUCACGGACAGCUGCACGAAGUCUCCCUCAGUCACCUCACCUUCGAGGCUUGGAAACACAGACACUGCACAAUGCCUUUUACGGGUGCUCUUGUAUCCUUGGGCGUGCCCUUGCCUUCCAUUGAGUGUGGUACCGAUGGUGCUCCUGUGCUGGAGCAUGGUGGUGUGUGUGCGGCUGUACGCAGCCUCGGCAUGCAAGGCUUUGCAAUCAAUCGUCAUCCCCGAAACACUCGGGCCCCUGUUGUCCCGCUGGACCUUUCCACUGACAGCGGCAUUUCGCUUUUGCGAGACAUCCUUUCGAAGGAUAAUGUUGUCGCUGUGCACAUGUCACCUCCUUCCAACUUCAGUGAUCUUGCGGUGAGCAUUUACAAGGAGUGCUGUGCCAAUGGUCUUCUUUGCUGCCUCGAUGCCCCGUGCAGCUCCAAUCUUUGGAAACUUCGUGACCUCCGGGGUGCCUGUCCGCAAAUUUCCACCCACUACAGUCCUUGCUUCGUGCACGACGGGCUGUGUCAGCCUCGGCGUCUGAUUCACAACUUCCCUGCAAUGUCAAGCCUUAGCUUUCCGUGUGGAGGGGGAUGCAAGCCACCAACUCCGGCGUUGCCUUUGUCUUCGUCCCCUGGUCAGCUUUGUGCCAUGGUAGCAAGGGCCUUUGCCGUUGAAUUGCAACACCAGGGCGCUAAGUUUCCUGCAGCUGAACUUCAGGAGCUUGGGCUCCCGUUGGCACGAGCCGCUCAGGUUGCCUCCGGAAAGCAACCCAAAGGCAAACGUGUUCCGCCUUUGGUCUCUGAGUACAAGUCCAUCAUCACUGUCACUGGCCCUUCUUGUGCUAUGCCCCCGAAGCAACUCUCUGAGGAUUGGGCCAUUCCUGCCAAAGUCUUGUGCAAGCCCUCCUUAAAGCAGCUACCCAAGACCGCCAAGCUGAUUCGCACUGUGCCGUCUGCUGGGGGUCCCUGCAGUGCUACUCGAGAUCUUGGUUCUGAUAGUUCGGGUUUAGCCCCUUCCUCCCCCGGGGAUGACUCCUUAAAGCCUAGUGCCCUGCUUGACUCCUGUCCGAAGUCUGGUGAUGACCAUUCUCUUGCAACAAUCCCGCAUGAGGAGCGAACUUAUGGUAUCGCGUGGACCCCAGAAGAAUUCGUCAAACAGGCUCGCGGAGCCCUACACCCCAAGCGUAUUGAAAACGGUGUGCCAAAGAUUUUAAAGGAGACCAUUGUGCGAUGCGCCCAGGAGUCGCCUGCCGACCUUGCCAAGGAACGCACUGCUACGUUGAGGAGGUGGAUGCUUACCUCCGAGGAGGCAGCAUCCCGUGCAGAUCCCUCCGACAUGCCCGACCACUGUGCCGCAGUUCUUGGUAAGAAAUCCAUGAAAGUCUUCAAAUCUCUUUUGACCGAGGCCGAGUACCCGGACACAACCUUGACCAAGGACAUCUCAACUGGGUUUAACCUUCUAGGCCCCAUACCCGCAUCUGGAGUUCUUCCCUCUAAGGUUUCCGCCGCCUCGCUUACCGUUGAAGACGUUCGUGCAGCCACUCCCCUUGCCAGGAAGGCCAUCCUGACCUCUACCAGAGAAGGUCUCGACCGCGAGGUGGCUGAAAGUGUCUACCAACUUACGAAAGAUGAGCUUGCGAAAGGGUGGCUUAAGGGACCUUUUAAGGAGUCGGACAUCCCCCCGGAUGCCAUAGUCACUAGAAGGUUUGGGAUAGUGCAAUCCUCCACCGAUGCCAAGCUAGGGUCAAUCAAGAAGGUGAGACCAAUAGACGAUUACACGGAAUCUCUUGCUAAUCUCACGAACAGUGCUAGCGAGACGAUCUGCCCUCACGGGGUGGACGUUGUGGUCGCUGCACUGUGUCUUCGCAUCAGGUGUGUAGACUCGAGUCUGCGACAAGUGUACCACGUGUACACUGACGCUUCCUACGACGAUCAAGGGGGUGGCCUUGGUGGUUUGGUUUACGACUUUAAAGGUCUGUGCCUUGCCUGGUUUAGCGAAGUAGUCACCUCCAAGGACCUUGAGAUCAUCAACCCCGAUGGUAAACUUACCUUGAUCUACGAGCUAGAAACCCUUGCCGCGGUUUUGGGUGCCACCCUAAUCCCUAACCUACGCCACUGCGACAUUGUGCUCUUCGUUGACAACGAAGCUUCACUGGCGGCUUUCAUCCGAGGACAGUCCGAUUGCCCUUUCGUGCAGUCUCUUCUCUCCCGCCUCUUUCAGGCUGAAGAAGAGCGUGAUCUUGCGAUCUGGUUUGAGCGUGUUCGCAGUGAAAGCAAUCCUGCAGAUGCCCCUUCGCGGGGCGACCACAGUUUUCCCGCCUUUUCCAGGCGGCGCUUCAAUGUGCAAUCCUUGCUGACCGAUCUGUGCGGUUCUCUUCAAGGGGGGGCCUCGCAAGGUACCGAUCUGUCAGCUCCCACUGCGAGUUAA